UGUUAAGUUGGCAGGGCUGGCAUUCGGUCUUGCUUCGCCAAAAAAAAUUUACAUUAAAAAUCGUAAAAAUCUACGAAAACUUACAAGUGCAGGCAAUCAGCUAGGCUGUUGAACGCCCAAACACUGACAAAAGUUGGCAUCACCGCAGUCGCAUACCCAACGCUCCCAAGAUUUCACAUCCAGCGUGUACAGGCUGAUGGUGUAAGCAGAAACGAUCGACCGACUCGACGACCGCCAAAGGAAGCGCCCCCGCCCGCCCACGCCAGUAGUAGCAGUAGCCGUAGUAGGCAACGACAAUAACAAAUUCUGUGUAAAGCACAACCUUCAAACCCCUUGGCAGUAGUCAACAAAAGGCAACUCACGACAACAAUCUUGCAAAUAUGGACGUUUUCCUCAUGAUCAGAAGGCAUAAGACAACCAUCUUUACGGAUGCCAAGGAGAACACAUCAGUUGUUGAACUGAAACGCAUGAUCGAAGGCAUUUUGAAAGUGUCACCUAGCGAUCAACGGUUAUACAAUCAGGACAACGAUGUCAUGGAAGAUGAUCAAACGUUGCAGGACUACGGUGUUACGGUAUCAACGGCAAAGGCUCAAGCCCCAGCACAGUUGGGCUUAACAUGCAGGAACGAAAUGGGUGAUUUUGAGACGCUUGAUAUCACCCCAUAUUCAGCACCGCCCGACUUACCAGAAGUGAUGAAGAAUCAAGAGGCCUCAAAUGGACAGGAACAAGUCGCAUAAAGUGUAAAGAAGCAUUAAAAUCAACAGCAACAACAACAAGAAAAACAACAGCAAUAACAACAAUACCAUCAUCAACAAUAAGAACAGCAGCUAAUACUUGGAUUCACAGCCGCUGCUGCUGCUGUCGUAUGCGAGACAAACCUAAUGCUGAGAGUCAAAAUAACUAUUGCUCGCUUGUCCCCCACAGUCAACUCUCUUGAUGCAAUGCUAAAUUGAAUUUGAAUUGUACUACAAUUUCUACUCUGCCUGGUCAAAAAACAGCAACAGCAACAAUAGCUAA